GCCGCGAGUGAACAUUGCUCUCAAAAUUUCCGGACUGCUGCAGGGAUGUUUGCGCAACGGACCCACUCAAAAAAGGCGGAGGCGUCCCGCCCCACAAACCCGUGCACACGUUCAUCCCGACUUCUGCACCCUUUUGGCAGCAGAGCGUAUCUAUCUAUCCGGCUUCGUCGACACGAUAGACUGACGCGAAGUUGUAUGGCGCGGAAAACAAACCGACAUCAUGAUUCCAUGAAAGCGGCGUGCAAGCCAUCAGAAGGCCCUUAGGUCAACUGGGAGUCACAGAGAUGACUUGCUUUCACUCCGCCACAGCUUCACUCGUGGCAGUGCGCUCUGGUACAUUCACGAUAGGCAGCACCCGAUACCCCACAGUGCCUUAUAAAUUCGCUACUGGCUCUGUUCGAGUCCCACUGAAGAACACACAAUACGCUUCUGCCAGGCCCGACAACGAUCCGCGCAAUCCUCGCUACCUAGGUAGCCAUGGGAGGUCUUGCAUUCGCAAAUGUUCCAACAGACUCCGGCAGACCUAUCAAGGUCCCUCGCCUACCACCAGCACUGUACAAGACGCUCUCCGCGCAGUAUCAAGGCCUUCUGGAGACACUAUUCGUACGCGUUGUCGUCCCGCGUGACGCUCCAGCCAAGAAAGACCAUGGGGACAUCGACUUCUUGGUAGAGGGCAUUCGGCCACCCAACACCAAAGAAGGGAUAUGGGCAGCAAUACAAAAGACUAUCGAAGCUGAUAUCCAUCUUCCACGCGGCGGGUCCUCUUCCUACGCAGUGCGACAUCCCGAAAUACCAGAUGCACAUGUGCAAGUUGACGUCGAACUAUCGGUUGGAGAUGAAACCCCUGAAAGCGCUGAGCUCUUCGAAUGGACGCGCUUCAUGAAAGGCGACUCUGACCUCGUGCAAAUCAUUGGCGUCUCUCAUCGUCCGCUGGGUCUCACCUGCAACGACCAGGGCCUGCAUGUACGAGUUGAAGAGAUUGAGCCAUACAACAAGAAGAAAGCGCUACUAUUUCUCACACGAGAUCCAAGUCUCGCGAUCGCUUUCUACGGCAUGGACGUCGCAAAGUACUGGUCAGGGUUCGAGGAUGAAGACGAUCUCUUUGACUGGGCUUCUAGCGGGAGGCUCUUUUCGCACAAGAUCUUCGAAGGGCGUGUCGAGAAGCACAACGAUCGAGCUCGUCAGGCAAAGCGACCCAUGUACCAGCGUUUUGUAGAGGAAUACAUGCCUGCGCAUCCCGACAGAGGUGAUGCAAACACGUGGACUAAGGAGCAAGUACUGCAGCAGGCUCUUGCAGUUUUCAAGAGGCAGGAUGAGUACGACACUAUGAUGAAGGAUCAUAACCUCAAGACUGCCGAAGAAGAGCUCUGGAAGGAGAUCAAAGUCACGGUCCCAAUACAAAGCAACUCUCUGGCCGUCGUCUUGAAGGGCUUGAGGCGUUGGGUCGUGUUCCAGGAUAAUGAGCCGCGCAUUUCGUCUGAGCCCAAUCUUGGUGAGCCUUUGAUCUGGUCCAAGUUUGUAUCGGCGGACAACAAAGACGCUGUGCUCAAGUGGGUGAAGAACAACUGGGAACAAGUUAAGUCUUUAGAGAAGGCGCGUGCGAAUGCUGCCAAGGGAGCCGCGAAGGGGGCAUCGUGAGGUCUCGGUCAAGCUGAUGGAAGUCGAGGCAGUGCAGGGUGCAGACAUGACAGAGACUUCGGGCGGUAGUGGUACCGUAGAUACUGUUCCCAAUCGCACUCACACGUGCUCCUGUACACAUCUAAAUUUUGCGGUUUCUGUGACGUAACGCGUGGAUCUCUUAAGCCGAUGAUUCCCAUGCAGCUGCGGGCCUUCUCAACGCGAGCAUGAUCUGACCUGGCUUCUCAAUGCAAAUUUUCAGUUUCGUAGGGGUAAUAGAAUCGAGUUU